AUGAAUGAUACGUCUAAAAAAACUCCACGGGUACCCAAUUGUAAACAAGUACAUGAUUUAGUUCGAUCAAACUUAGAAAAAAAUGAUAAAAAUCAUCGUCCACAAUCGCAGCAAUCAUUCAGUAAUACAAUCGAAAAUAAAACAAAUGCCCUUUCACAACAAAAACAAAGCCAUGUUCAAAACGUUAAAUCACCAGCAAAACCGUUACUAGAUUGCUUGAAACCUGAACCGUUAUUAACAUCGAAACCGUAUGAAAAAUCGAUUUCGCAACGACGACGAAGAAUUAAACGACUCGAUUAUGAAAAUCAUAAUCGUAGUGAUAAUGAUUUAGUUAAUAACUCUAAUCUUUCACCAGAAAAAGCUGAAAUUGACCGGUCAACGAUUGAUAUUCGUGAGCCAACACCCGAGCAUUUAUUAGCAUUGAAAAAAGCAUUUCAUAAAGUUCUUACGGAAAGCUCUCUAUCCGAUAACAGUCUUAGACAACGAGAAGUUAUCUUUACAAAAUUACAUAAACUUAUUACUAAUGCUCGAUCAGGCAGUCAAAUAAAUUUAUAUGGAUCUGUAUACUUUGAAUGUUGUUUGGAAAAACGAAGUGUAAUGAAUAUUGAUAUACGAUUCAAAACAACAUCACAAUACGAUGCACUCAAAGAAAUACUUGAUAUAAUUAAAACAAGUGAUCUAUGUAAAGACGCUGCAAUCGAUACUGAUAAUAAACCAUCAUGUAUUAACUUAAUAACAAAUGAACCAAAUAUGCGAGUAAAAAUAACUUCAGGUUAUAAUCGUGGUUUGAAUCUAUCAAAAUUAAUUCGAAUUUAUAUUAAAUUUGAUGAACGUGUUAUCAAAUUACUUCGAUUGUUUCGAAUACUAUCCAAAACGUGUGACAUUGAUAAAGCAGAGGUGGGAACACUUCAUCCAGUUGUUUACCAUAUUAUGGUUAUUCAUUUUCUUCAACAAGUCGAUGAACCGGUUUUACCAUGUCUACAUGAAUAUGCCUAUGGAAUUAAUAAUGUACCAGUAACAUUAAAUGAAAAUCAUUAUCCGGAAUUUUUCAAAGUUUGUGAAAAAUAUUCACGUGAAUGGAAAUCAAAGAAUACAACGACUGUCGAAAUGCUGUUUUUACAAUUGCUGUCGUAUUAUGUUAAAACAUUCAGUGCAAAACAAUUUGUUGUUUCAAUACAAACGCGCAUGCCUGUGAUGAAAAUAGAUAAAAAUUGGCGUAGUAGAAAAUUACUUGUUGAAGAUCCGACUGAUAUAAAACGAAGUUUAUGUCAAACAAUGCAAUCUGUACGUUCUAUUGAUUAUUUUCGCAGUACAUUAAAUGCUGCAUUGAAUUAUUUUGCUCGAAAACAAAAAAAACGCCCAACAACGAAUUCAAAUCAAUGUUCAAUCGAAAAUACUGAUGAUGAUUUAAUUGAAAUCAUUCUCGAUGAUAUAAAUGAAAUUCCAAAAAGUGAGCCAUCAAACUCGUUGCAUAACUCGUAUAAAUUAUUUUAUAAAAAAUUACCACCAACCAUUGUCCGUGAUGUUAAUAUAAAACAAGGUCGUGUACGAGACUAUUAUAGGCAAACGUUUGAUAAUGAAAAGAAUAUAUUACCAAAAGGAAUUAUACAAUUAACUUCUUUAAAUGAUAAGUUUGAUAAUUUAGUUGAUAAUGAUAUUCAAGAAGCAUUUCAACAUGAUCUUGAAAAUAAUUUUCAAGUUAUGGAUGAAAAUGAUGAUGAUGAAAAUGAAAAUCAUUCACAUUUAUUACAAAGGAUAAUAUCAGAUGAGAAUGAUGAAGAACAUUUUUUAAAUGAAAAUUCGCAACAUAUCAGUAUUGAACAACAAGACGAAGACAUUCAAGAUGAGUCUCCGAUAGGCGAAGACGGACAACAAUUGACUAACGACGAAACAUCAAGAAUAAAGAACGAAGCUGAACAAGGUAAUACAAUCAGCAAUAAAGAAGAAGAAUUAGUUGACAAUUUGAAGCAAUCAUUAUCGAUAGAUGAAACAUCAACGAAUGAUACUCAGGCAACACCAGAAUUACAUUCACCAAAAGAAAAAACGACAACAUCUUCGUGUUCGUCACCAUUAAGUAUUGAAACAAAUAUUAUAACGACUGAUAACAAUAAUGACCGCCAUGAAAUUCCAUCACCAUUCACGUCGCCAAUCAAAUUUGACGACAUUAUUAAUAAUGAACAAUCAAAUAUUCAAAGCAAUCCUAGCAAAGAUGAUUUAAAUGAAUUGUACUAUGAUUUUCAAGCUGAAAACUUUCAUGCUGAACAGGGUGCUCCAUAUGUAUGUACAACUUGUAAUGGUAUCGGACAUUUAAAAAGUGAAUGUCCUGAACUAAUUAUUCCAAAUAUGAUUGAUCUACCAGUUAUUGAUGAGCAGUGGAUCCAAAUUCUUUCAAAAAUUUGUCGACAAAUUACUGAUCGAUCUAAACCAAAACCACGUGACAUAGAAAAUCGUCAGCAAAUUUUAAAUCAAUUAGAAAAACAAUUCCAGAAGGACUAUCCUGAUUGUAAUUUACAUGCAUUCGGCUCAUUUUAUAAUGGUUUUGGUUUUUCUCAAAGUGAUUUAGAUGUUUGUCUUGUAUUUAAAGAUGAACGAGAACAAAAUAAUGAUGAAGUUAUUCGAAUAAUGCAAAGAAUUUUACGUGCAAUGAGAUCUUCGAAUACAUUUGAUGAAGUUCAGCCAGUACUUCAAGCGAAGGUACCAAUUAUUCGAACGAGACAUCGACAAUGGAAUAUUGCUAUCGAUAUUAGCCUUCAUAAUAUGCUUGCUAUUGAGAAUACUCGAUUAUUAAAAAAAUAUACUGAAAUCGAUACACGUGUAUCCGAAUUGGGCUAUAUGAUAAAGCAUUUAGCAAAAUUUUGUUCUAUUGGUGAUGCAAGUCGAGGUACACUAUCCAGUUAUGCAUAUAUCAUUAUGCUUAUCCAUUUUUUACAACAAAUUCAACCACCUGUUUUACCAGUACUUCAACAGUUGAAUGAUCCGACGAAAAAAACUUCGAUGUAUAAAAAAUGUUCAAAAUGGAAUGUUUAUUUUUAUGAAGAUCUAUCUAGAAUUAAUGAUAUUUGGAAAGGUGAAAAUAAAUUAUUGCCAGGUGCAUUAUGGAUAGAAUUUUUACGGUUUUACACAGAACAAUUCAAUUAUGAAGAACAUAUUGUUACUAUUAGACAAAUCGAACCGUUAUUAAAACAUGAAAAAGGAUGGCUUAGACAAACAAUAGCUAUUGAAGAUCCAUUUGAAUUAAGCCAUAACUUAGCCGGUGGUUUAUCUCCUCGAAAUUGGAUAAUGAUUCGUCGAGUUUUAAUUCGUUCUCGUGAACAAUUUGGUGUAAAACCUGAAAAUAUUGAUGUUUCUAAUCCAAAUAUGUCAAAUAUUGAGGAAGAAUUGUUUAAUAUUGAUGAAUUAUGCCCAACAAAUGCGCCUAAACGAUGUGAAUGGUGUAAAGGUCCAUAUCAUAUACGAAAACGUUGUCCAAAACUAGCUGCAUUAUCAAAUGACUAUGAAAAAAAUAAGAGAGUGUUUAAUAAUAGCGAACAACAACCUUAUACGAAUAAUUAUGUGCCGUUUUCAUCAAAUAACUUUCGAGAGAAACCAUAUUAUAAUAAUAGAUACAAUGGAUAUAAUCACUCAAAAUCUGCUUCAUCUAAUCAACGUUCACUUCGAUAUGUAGCUAAUGAAAAAUCCAGAGAAUUUUAUAAUGCAUCACAUCUAUCGAUCGAACAAACAAACAAUAUUACUUAUCAAAAUACUUAUCCAAGAAAAAGCUGUUUCGAGUGUGAAAGUUUUGAUCAUCUUAGAGCGCAAUGCCCAUUGUUACACAAGAAUAAUCGACCUCAAAAAUCAAAAUUUACUAACUAA